GCUCAAAUCAUAUUUGAUUGCACCUAAUAUUAUAUUUUAGUAACAAAAUGAUAGCCAAAUUUUUUAUUGUCUUAUACGCCAUCACUUUUGCUAAAGCUGGACCUGUUGUAUAUGAAAAUAUUCCACCCGGCGUAACAUUUCGUGUGGAUCGCGGACCAAACAUAGCAUUUGGCUUCGGAAGUGGCUUCAGCAGUGAUAUCGGCGGAAUCCGACAUUCCUCGGGAAUAGGUACAUCGUUCCAAAGCGGAGACGCGACUGCUUACGGAGCUGGCUUUGGAUCGAACGACGGGAACACCUUCGCAAGAGGUGUAGGCUACGCUAACGCAGCACCAUCCUACCCCAUACGAUACGCUCAAGCACCAUACUAUCCAUAUAACAACGGUCAGCAAAACUUUGCGAGGAUAUAUAACAAUGGUUUCGGAAGAUUCGGAUCAGCUGUAUCCUCGGCACAAAACUUCGGGAAUUUCGGAUCGGCAGUAUCCUCAGCUCACAGUCAUAAUGGAUUCGCAUCUGCCGUAUCCUCGGUCAGUGGCCGUGGAUCAGCUGUAUCAUCUGUCAACGGGUUAGGGAGGUAUCACACAGCUGUAUCAACGAAUGGGCGAGGUUUAGGUUAUGAUUCUGCAGUUGCAAGUGUCAGUAAUGGUUUGGGUUACGAAUCAUCUAUAUCGUCCGCUCAAAAUGAUGGUUUUGGUUCAUCUGUAUCCUUAGCUCAAGGUCGUGGGUUCAAUAACUUUGGUACGUCGGUUGCUGCGUCCCAUAACUUCCCAGGGUAUAGAGCUAGUGUAGCACAUUCGGUUCAACAGGAUGGGGAGUCUUACCAGCAAAGUGGAGCGAGCAAUAUAAACGGAGUUCAGACCGCCCACGCCAUUAACUCUGACUAUAACAAUAACAAUAAUAUAAACGGAGUUCCGUCCGCCCAAGUUAUUAACUCCGACUAUAACAAUAAUAAUAAUUGA